CUCCCGCUAGGCCUCCCGGGUCCUCUGCCGGCUUCCUACCUGAUCUCCGGCCCCUGCGAGCCGGCACUGCUACUCUGGACAGCGGCCCGGGAGAACGGCUCUCCAGUCUACUCCUUAUUCUCUAGUACCAAUGGACUUUUGGGAGGUUGUAUUUAUGAUAACAAGCAGCCCAGGUCUGUACAGCCCUUUCCAGCUAUCACAAAGAAAUACACACCUAAUGAAAAUGCAGCUGUUGGUGUUGGUCUGUUUGGUCCUUGGGACGCUGCAUUCCGAGGGGUCUGCAGGGAAAUGGGCAGCUGUGAAUCCUGAGGCAAACAUGAAUGUGAGUGAAAUUAUCUCUUACUGGGGAUUCCCUAGUGAGGAACACCUAGUUGAGACAGAAGAUGGAUAUAUCCUGUGCCUUCACCGAAUCCCUCAUGGGAGGAAGAACCAUUUUGACAAAGGUCCCAAACCAGCUGUCUACCUGCAGCAUGGCUUCCUGGCAGAUUCCAGUAACUGGGUCACAAACCUUGCCAACAGCAGCCUGGGCUUCAUUCUUGCUGAUGCUGGUUUUGAUGUGUGGAUGGGAAAUAGCAGGGGAAACACCUGGUCUCAAAAACACAAGACACUUUCAGUUUCUCAGGAUGAAUUCUGGGCUUUCAGUUAUGAUGAAAUGGCAAAAUAUGACCUACCAGCUUCAAUUAACUUCAUUCUGAAUAAAACUGGCCAAGAGCAAGUGUAUUAUGUGGGUCAUUCUCAAGGCACCACAAUAGGUUUCAUAGCAUUUUCACAGAUGCCCGAGCUGGCCAAAAGGAUCAAAAUGUUUUUUGCCCUGGCUCCUGUGGUUUCAGUGGCGUUCUCCACUAGCCCGCUAGUCAAACUAGCACGAAUUCCAGAUCUUCUUUUUAAGGACUUAUUUGGGGACAAGGAAUUUUUUACACAGAGUGCGGUGUUGAAGUGGCUGGCUACCCACGUUUGCACUCGUGUCAUUCUGAAGGAGCUUUGUGGAAAUCUGUUUUUUGUUAUAUGUGGAUUUAAUGAGAGAAAUUUAAAUAUGUCGAGAAUAGAUGUGUAUACAACACAUGCUCCUGCCGGGACUUCUGUGCAGAACGCUUUACACUGGAGCCAGAACAUUAGAUACCAAAAGUUUCAAGCCUUUGACUGGGGAAGCAGUGCCAAGAAUUACUUUCAUUACAACCAGAGUUACCCUCCCGUGUACAAUGUGAAAGACAUGCUUGUGCCGACUGCUGUCUGGAGUGGCAGUCACGACUCGCUCGCGGACGUCGGUGACAUCAGUAUCUUGCUGACCGAGAUUACCAACUUGGUGUACCACAAACGCAUUCCUGACUGGGAGCAUCUCGACUUUAUCUGGGGCUUGGAUGCCCCUUGGCGGCUGUAUAAUGAAAUUAUUAAUCUAAUGAGGAAAUAUCCGUGAAAGCCAAUUGGGAAAUAUACCAACGAGUCAGUGAUUCAGUCAUGCGAAAAUGUGUUUGUUUCAUUUCUGUAAAAUGCUUGUUUUCCUUUCCCAAGUCUUUUAUAUUUUCAUAGCCAAGAAAAUUAUGAUGUUGAAGAUACCCUGUUCCCUCUAGUUAGAAUUAGAAACACCCUAGCUAUUUUUUGUUUAAUUAUGGCUGAAUAUGGAAAUAAUGUCUCAGCCGUAGUGUUGUCUCUUUAAGUUUUUUAAAAAUAUCACAGAUACGUGAAAAGGUCAUUAUAACCAUUCUGUUUAUGCUGAAAAUAUCCUAUAUUGACUUUUUACCCACA